GAUCCUAACCUCAAUUAUUCCAGUAGUUGACACAACGUGGACACAACGAAAACAAAUUGUAGUGUCACCCCUUAAAAACUUGUUAAUUUCCUGAAAAUCACAGACUUAAAAAAAUGCCCAAAGUGCGAAGAAGUAAAAAGGCGCCUCCUGAAGGCUGGGAACUGAUCGAACCCACUCUGGACGAAUUAGAGCAAAAAAUGCGAGAAGCUGAAACCGAGUCCCAUGAAGGAAAACGCAAAAACGAAUCUCUAUGGCCCAUCUUCAAGAUCCACCAUCAAAAGUCCCGUUACAUAUAUGACUUGUUCUAUAGGCGAAAAGCCAUAUCCAGAGAACUUUAUGAAUACUGCCUCAACGAGAAUAUCGCUGAUAAAAACCUGAUAGCCAAAUGGAAGAAACAGGGCUAUGAAAACCUUUGUUGCUUGAGAUGCAUUCAGACCAGAGACACGAACUUUGGAACGAAUUGUAUAUGUCGGGUGCCCAAAGGGAAACUUGAAGAGGGAAGAAUAGUGGAGUGCGUUCAUUGCGGGUGCCGCGGGUGCUCAGGUUAACACAAAAAAUACACAAAUUCAUUGUCACGUGAUUUUUUAAAACAAAUGAUCAAUAAUGAAUCAAAUAUACGGUACUGUUUCAUAUUA